AUGGCACCAAAAUACCUGGGAGGUUCGGGUAGCGCCUUAACCGUCUGGAUCUCAAUAGCCGCUUCCACUGUCCUUGUCUUCUAUGGCUAUGAUCAGGGCGUCUUUGGCAAUGUCCUCGUGGGCCAAAACUUCCUGGACCAGAUGGGCAAUCCAUCGCCAAAGGACCAAGGCACCAUGACCUCUGUCUACAACCUGGGUUGUUUCGGUGGCGCGCUCUCAACCCUCUACACUGGAGACAAACUGGGUCGUCCACGUACUCUUCUCGUUGGUAGCACAAUCAUUGCCCUCGGCGCGGUGAUUCAGACCGUUUGUUGGUCCAUGGGUCAGAUGAUGGCCGGCCGAGUCGUUGCUGGCCUUGGAACAGGCAUGAAUACUGCCACUGCAGGUGUCUGGCAGUCCGAAACGAGCAAGAUGCGAAGUCGUGGAAAGUUGGUCAUCAUCCAGAUGGCCAAUUGCAUCACUGGAUUCUGUAUUUCAAAUUGGUUGACCUUGGGAUUCUCAUUCGCCCCUGGCAGUGUCACCUGGCGAUUCCCGCUAGCUUUCCAGGCUUUCUUCACUCUCCUGAUCUGGUGCAUGUGCCCCUUCCUCCCGGAUUCUCCACGUCUCUUGAUCCGCAAGGGGAGAUACGACGAGGCACGGGAAGUUCUCGCUGCUCUCGAAGGAAAUGGCGCUACUCCGGAGUCGGCCGCCGUACGGACCCAAUUCAACAUCAUCAAAGAAGUUCUCGAUAAAGAACAUGCUGGCACGUACACCUGGUGGCAGCUCUUCACCGGUCGGGGUCCAUCAGGGGUCGUUCGACGUAUGAUCUUGGGUGCUUGGAUGCAAGCCAUGAACCAGAUUUCAGGCAUCAACGUCACUUCAUAUUUCCAAACAUAUAUUUUCAUCCACGCCAUCAAUCUCAGCGAGCUUUUGGCACGGAUCCUCGCCGCCGCUGGCUCCGUGGACUACCUCAUCUUCAGUUUCCUAGCAUACUUCGUCAUUGAACGAUAUGGGCGACGUCGUGUCAUGAUGUGGUCGGCUGCUGCAUGUUCGACAUGCUGGAUCAUCAUCAGCAUUGCUUUGGGUCUCUCGGAGACCGGUCAAGGCGACGCUUAUAAGCUGGGCGCUCUUGCGACAACGUUCUUCUUCGUGUUCUUUGCGUCUUUUGGAAUGGGAGUACUUGGUGUUCCAUGGCUCUACCCAACCGAAAUCAACCACAUCGCAUACCGAGCCAAAGGCGCCUCUCUUGCCAUGUCCACGAACUGGAUCAUGAACUACAUGGUCGCCCAAGUGACGCCCCCCGGCAUCGCGAACCUAGGCUACAGAUUCUGGAUCAUCUGGGCCGUGAUCUGUGCAUCGUUCGUGCCCAUCACUUAUCUCUUCUACCCGGAGACAGCCAACCGUACACUCGAGGAUAUCGACCGCUACUUCGCCGAGCAUCGCAACAUCUUCAUCUUCCGCGACAAGGUCGCCACACAGCUCAAGCGGCCUGAGAUCUGGGAGCGGAUGGAUGCUGAGAUCGAAGCCCGCGGUGAGGAGAUUGAGAUCCUCGACGAGGAGAAGGGUACCAAGGAAGUUGUCUACGUUGAGAAGUAA